AUAUGUUACUGAAGGUGGGUUUUAUCAUAUUUCUUCAGUCAGUAUCUGGAGAAACUAUAGAAGUAAAAUACAGUCAAGGAACCAUUGGUGGUGUUCAAGAAAGAUACAAUUCUCGAGAGUUUUAUGCUUUCAAAGGCAUCCCAUAUGCUAAACCUCCAGUUGGAAACCUGAGGUUCAAGGACCCUGUGGGGAAUGUGAAGUGGAAUGGCAAAAGAAAAGGAGAUUCAGAUCCUGCCCCAUGUCCUCAGCUAGUAGAAUCAAAGUUUGUGGGAAGUGAAGACUGUUUGUACCUCAAUGUCUAUACUCCUCAGACAGGUCAACAGAUGUACCCAGUAAUGGUAUUGCUACAUGGUGGAGACUUCUUGAGUGGUGCUGCCGGUGAAUAUUCUCCUCUGCCAAUAAUGUAUAAUGAUGUGGUGUUAGUUAUUCCGCAGUUUAGACUUGGUAUUCUUGGUUUUUUGUCAGCGGAGGAUGCGAAUCUACCUGGAAAUUUGGGCUUGAAAGAUCAAACAAUGGCUCUUAGGUGGGUUAAAGACAACAUUAAGGCAUUUGGAGGCGACAGCAACCGAGUUACUAUUUUUGGUUCUGGUAGUGGUGGUGCAUCUGUCCAUUACCAGAUUUUAACACCGUAUGCCAAAGGACUCUUCACUGGUGCUAUUAUUCAGUCUGGAUCAGCGCUGUGUCCUAGGAUGCUAAGAAAACAUCAUGCAUUUGUAACUACAGAGUUGACUAGAAAAUUCUUAUGCUGUGUAGUUGAUGUUUCAGAAAAUGCUCCUAAUUCGGAGCAUCUUCUCAGAUGCUUGAAGAAUGUCUCUGCUGAGAGCUUAACAACUUCAUAUGUACAUUUUUUGGAAUGGCAGUCUCUUCCACUGCAUAAUGUUCCAAGGGUUGAUGGAGAUUACAUUCCUGAUCAUCCUGUUGUACUUUUGAAAGAAGGGCGGUACAAUAAAGUAAACAUUAUUGCAGGCUUCAACCAACAUGAUGGCAGCUUCAUAACUUCACCAUUGUACAGUGAUCCAGUUCAGUGGAAAGGAUUUAAAGAAAAUUUUAAUAGUGUUGGAGCCCUGACAAUGGGAUUUGAUGAAGAGGAGGCAUCAUCAUAUCUAGCUGGAGUUUCGUAUUUGCAUUAUAUGACCAACAAAAAUUCCUCGGAACAAGAACGUGCCGAGAGACUUACAGAGUUGUAUACAGAUAGACAUUUUGGAGUCUGCUUACAAGAUAUGCUUGAUCUUCAUGUGAGGACUUCAGGUAAUGCAGCUAAUGUUUAUUUCUACCAGCUUAUGUAUAAAGGCAGAAGAUCAUCAUGUGAUAACACCAGCACUUCAGUUGAUGAUUUUUGGGUAUGCCAUGGUGAUGAUGUACAUUAUCUUUUUGAUAGUCAUUUUGGUUUAUCACCUUCAGAAUAUGAAGAUGACCUAAGUCUGGGAUCACUGAUGGUGAAAAUGUGGACUAACUUUGCAACACAUCAAAAUCCAACCCCUACAGACUCGCUUGGAUUUUUAUGGGAACCAUAUACUCUCGAGUCCAAAAAACAACUAGAGCUUAAACCAGGUCCUCAUUUAACUUCCACUACAUUGUAUAACAAGACACACUUGUUUUGGCAUUCUCUCUCGACUCAAAUGAACAGAUAUCUCAAUCCAGAUGAAAUUGGUAUGGCUUUGGAAUUAGGAGGGGAAGACAAAACCAUUGAAUUUGACAAUCUGCAUGAACCUGUGUUUAAAACAAUUCAUGUAGAAAAAGAGAAAUGGACAAAAGACCAGAAGAGCAUGGUUAAUACAUUGAUAAGAAAUGUGGAGCUAGAUUCAGCAGAUAGAUUAGGGGUUUCAGAAGAGGAAAAUGCCAGGAAAGUUGAUUCAAAUAUUGAAGAUCUUAUUGCUGCAGCUGGCAUUUGGAGUAUUGACACACAUCCUGAGUUUGCAUUGCAGAGCAAAUGGCAAAAUAAACUUGCUGUAAGGAGAAAUCCUUGGCAUUGGCAAGAAGAGUCGAUAACUACCUGUAAUUUGUAUGACAGUUCGAAGUAUAAUUUGGAUGAAGUAAGAAAUUGUGGAAAAAGUGUGCCUUUGAUUCAGCAAUGUACUAAGGGUAAUUUGCAGACAGAUAUAAUAGAGGAUGUAAAUGUAUACAACCUUAUCCAAGCAGGGUUGUUGAAGGCCAGCAUAGUGCUAAAGGGUUACAAUGAAUUUGGAGGUGAUGUUACACACAUUGUGGAUAAGGAAAAUUUAAAAGAAUUAAUCAGAGAUUAUGGAGAUUAUGUUGCUGAUUAUUUAAAAGAACAGAAAGUGAAUAAUGAGGAUUUAUCCCAGAUUAAAGAACUUUAUUUAAUGGAAAGUAAGAAUCCUAUGUCUUUACACAAAGGUAGUGUGUCCUUGAAAGAAACUCGAGCUGAAACUGUUGUGCUAGAAAAACCAGAAGUAAUAGUUGAUGUAAAUCAUUCAAAUAAAAAGAAAAUCAAUUAUGGCCAAAUAGAAAAUUUGUUAAAUAGUGAAACAAAUAAAGCUGUUCCAUAUCUAGUCCCAUCUGGGGGUAAUUAAGCAUUUUUUAUGUAUUAUAACAUGUCUAAUAUGCACUGAUUAAUUGUAGAGCGAUAGAAAUUAUAAAUACAGUGAUGGAUUGCAGAAUGUUUGGUGGGUUAGUUGAAGGUUGUUUUUAAGUGUAAACUGUAUGAAUUACUUUAUUUAACCACCAAGGACUAAAAGAUUUUCAGUCAUUUGUUUGCUAUUUUGGCUUUGUCACCGUAAUAGUUUACCAUUUUAACUUCAUGAUAGAAAAUCUUAUUGAAAAUCAGGAAUUAGAAAAUCUUAUUGAAAAUCAUGAAUAAUUAAGAGUUUUUUUUCUAUAUAUAUAAUAAUUUUCAAAGAUUUUUGUGACUUGUGUAACUUUCCUUUACCAUAAAUGGCCAUAAUUAUUUUUGUGUGUGUACUGGAUUGUGAGGAUGACAAUUAAAGCCUUGUAUAUAUAUUUUGUGGUAUUUAUAAUUAAUGCAUCUUUGUUUUUUACAGCUGCAGAGUAAUUUACAAUCUUGACUAGUAUAGGUUUAGAAUCCAAAUGUUAAGAACAUUGUACAAGAAUGGGCAAAAUUCAAAGUGGGCUUUAGGUCUAAUACAGUGAGUAAUCUGAAUUAAUGUAUUUUCCAGCAUGUAAAAUGCACUUCAGUUUUGGGGAGUAUAUUUUCUCAAAAUUCAGUCCAGCCUUUUUUUUUUCUCCAGAUUUUUACAUCCAUUUCCAUUUAAAUUUACCUAUUAAUAAUUAAAUAUUUUAUGUACGUAUAUGAAAAAACUAAAAAUGUUUUGUGUUGUAUUUAAGCUGCAGAAUAAUUUACAAUCUUGACUAGUAUGACUUUAGAACCCAAAUGUUCAGAACAUUGUACAGUUGAACCUCUUGAAACCGGCAUUCUAUGGUCUGGAAACUCCUGUGGUUCGGCUUUGUUUUAAAUCAGCCGCUAUUAGCUCGUUCCGCCGCCACCAGGGAUGCGCCACUUUAAAACUUUAAAGCAGCAAAAAUUAUGGCAAAUAUCCUUUGUUUUUAUGAAAAUAGUUAUUAGUAAAAGUAAAUAUGUUUAGUCAAA